UUGACGGCAGCUGUAGAGAUAAAUUCAUACUGCUAGGUCCAAAACAAAAGGGCAUCCAAGGUUUGCUUACACAGCGUAACUUGGUUUCCUGUUGGAUAAAGGGGCGGGGAAUAUUCCUAAAAACGAUAAAAAGAAAACAGGUGCAGAAAUGGACUGCCAUUUUUCUGUCUGGGGAAUUUUGGCCUUUCUGAGUUUGGCUCUGAUUAUUUCACUGAUAUUGAAUAUUUCACACUAUAUGAAAAGGAAGCGAGAAGCUAAAAUGUAUAAAGACUGUGAAGACUACAGUCCAAGCUAUGAUGGCUAUUAUACAGAAGAUGACCCAGUUUAUGGCAAUCUCAGUCAAGAUAUUUUAGAGGAAUGUUGUUAUGAGCAGAUGAAGUCCCAGCCUCAAAGGCCAGUUAACGAACUACAGGUGGAGUCUGCCAAUCAGAUGUGCUAUGCCUCCCUUGAUCACAGUAUCAAGGGAAAACGCAGAAAACCAAGGAGAAAGAAGGAGCCUUCUUUAGAAGAAGAUCAAGGACCAUCUAAACCCACCGUCACACCUUCCAAAGUCAGCAUUUAUCUCAAUAGUGAGCAACUGGCUGCUGAAAACACGGCAAAGGCAGAGGCCAUUCAUGAUGAUCCCAUCAGAUUAAUGAGUUUGAUUCAUACUACAAAGGAGAACAUUUGAAGUGGAUUCAUGAAGGGAGUAUGCAAUCAUAAAGUGAGAUCUGCUUGUUCAUUCUGGAGGAACAAUGAAUGAUUAUAAUAUCCUGGCAAACUGACAUAUCAAUGGUGUAAAAUGGGUAAGUUAAGCGUUCAAAUUGUCUUCUGGGUGUAUGGACUACGCAGGAAGUAACUACAGAUCCGGACUGCCACUUUGAAGGACCUACCCUUCCAAAGAUGUUUUGGAAUGGAGUUGUAGGUGCUGGUAUCUCAGAAUUUGACUCCAAAGAAGCAUUGACCUAGUAUUUAUUCCAUUAAAAAUUAAUCUUUUGUUUCAAAGGACCAUGAGCAAUUCCUACUUCAAUCAGUCCCAAAAUACCAUUCAGUUGUUUGUAGACCUCUAGCACAGUUUCACUGUUCUAAGUUUUAGCAAGGUGGUUUUAAAAACACACUUUGGAAAAAAAGUUGUUUUCACAUUUGCACAGCUAAGAAUUUAGUUGAUUUUUCAAUUAAAAACUGUUCUGCUCUUGAACAUUUUGUACUUUCCCAUUGUGACUGGUCUACAGUAAUAUGAUAAUAUAUGUAAAGCUAAUCAGAGAAUAAUUUAACAACUUAAGUUAGUACUUGUACGUCUAGCAAAAUUUCACAAUAUCCUUAUACACCUUUAGUUUCCUUUUGUGAACAAUACCAGAACACAUCUCCAAUCUUCGCUCCUCCGCUAACAUAAUGCUGUAUCCAUCCAUAUUCAACAGUCUGUAAAGAUAUUGGCAAGUGAUCUGUAAAAAUAAAACUUGCAGGGAGGAUUUUUUCCUUCCAAUAUUGUAAUUGAUAUUUAA